AUGGAGAAGCGGCUCUUCGUCCAACUCAAUGGCAACCGCAAAGUCAUUGGUAUACUGAGAGGAUAUGAUGUCUUCUUGAACAUUGUCCUCGACGAAGCGGUCGAAGAGAAACCGGGCGGCGAGCGCCAGCGGCUGGGCAUGGUCGUCAUCCGCGGCAAUUCGGUCGUCAUGCUCGAGGCGCUCGAACGGAUGGGUGAUGAUCGACGAUAA